AUGUAUGCCUCCAGCAGCAGCAACUGUUUCGCGGGCAUUAGCAACUUUCAGGAAUUGCGAUACACCACAACACCAUCGAACAAAAACGGUUCGCUCGGCGAGGAACUGGACACAACAAACCACAGUGCCACCGCAUCGUUAGUUGCAUUACAUUUCGCAUCCACCAGCACCACAACUACUACCUCGUCCCAGCAAGAUGGAUCGGCGGAUGGUUCCAAACAACAGAGCGACGCUACGAUGGUACCGAUCGAGCCGUGCAACGGUUCGGAAGAUGCGGUCCCGUGCGAGAUGCCAACGUCACUGGAACAGUUCGGUUGCUUUGCACCGAGUACGACGGAUCAACCGGUGCCGGAUGCCGCCCCAUCCGGCCGGUUGGCCAAGCAAUCCCGCAAGGAGAACGUGCGUGGUUGUUCGUUUUCGCUGCCGGCCGAAGAGCUGCUCGGAUCGGUGACCACCUUCUACCCGUCGGGCGAUCUGGAGAAUGGGCAAACGUUGCGCACUAGCGCCCGAGUGAAGCACAAGAUGCGGAUGGAGACGAUACGCAGCAAUACGCCACCGCUGACCGAGCGGAAGGAACCGGUAAAACCGCUCACCUCAUCGCUGCUGAAAACACCCAACCAGCCGAAACAGAUGCGCGUCGUCUGGAGCAACCAUGACAAGAACCUGUUCUUCGAAGCGCUGAACGAGUACGGGAAGGAUUUCGAAUCGAUCCUCAACUAUCUGAACACGAAGAAGCGCCGAAAGGACAGUACGGAGCAGCAGGUGUUUAAAUCGAAGGACGUGCGCAAUCUGUACUACCAGUUCAAUCAAAAGGCGAUGAAGUACAUACACUUUUCCGACGAGGUAAAGAAGGAAGCCCAGGAGCUGUAUGCGCUGAUCAACUACGGUGAGAUGCGCCGGAAGGUGCCGUUCCAGAACAAAAAGUACUUCCACAAACUGAAGGAUCUCGUCUACAAGGGUUUCACCACCGUGCGCGAGAAGGGCAAAAACAUUCGCAUCAAAACGCCCUCGUGCCGGGCGCUUCGGAAACUGAACCAGCUCGAGGAAUGGCAGGAAGAGAUCAAGUUACCACCCAAGGUGGAUGUGCUGCUGAAGCCCUCCACCACCGAGGCUUGGGGCCGGGUACAGUCGCUGGCGCAGAAUCCGCGCGUGCGCAUCACCGUUACGAUACAGAAACGGUUGUCCGCUUUGCUGCAGCUGUUUCAGCAGAAAUGGCGCGCCCAGGACGUGCGGCUCGUGGAGCGAUUGGACGAGCUGAGCCGCACCUCCGCGACCAUUUCGUCAAAGCUAACGCGUCAGCGCAAGCAGCACGAGAUACAACUGUUUGCGCCACCGGAACCGAAGGAAGGUGCGGUAAAGAGCGGUGGGCCGGUGUUGCGGUUCAUACCGGCCCAGAACGCCGUCAUCCAUCGGCCGAUGAUCAGCCUAACGGACUUCCAGAGCAACACCAGCAUCUGUCUGAACUCGUACGAGCAGCGGAUUGGGGUAAAGAUACCGGGGGAAACGCUGUGCGUGGUGGAGAAACCGGCCGGUUGCAAGGAACGACUCACGGCCACCAGUCGGCGACAGCGCACGGACAGCGGUUCGGAAAAGGUAGGCAACGAAAGCAAGAAGCCAAAAUACGAGGAAGGCGGCAAAGAACCGAACGAGGAGAAACCGUUCGGUGAGUUGCUGGCCCAGAACGGUCCCUUUACCGAGCACUUUAAAUCACCCAACGCCUCGAACGAAUCGACCGAGAUGAAGGACUUUGUCCGGAGCUAUGGCCACCAAUACGCUCCGUCAAAGCCGACCGACUGUGAUGUGCUUGUGGCACGGCAAAGCGACAACUCUUGCGAUGGGUUUGCGCUGAUCGAUGGUGAGAUAGUGCCGGUCGCACGAUAUCAACCCGAUACGGCGGAAAGUUCGGCGGGCGAGGAAGCGAACAAGGGAAGCGGUAGCAACGGAUUGUCCAGCAGCACGACGACGACGACGACGACCACCAUCACGACCACGACCGUCACCGCCAGUACCUCCACCACCACGAUCGUCACGGUGAAGAAGAAGAAAAAGUGCCACCGACGGAAGGGUGACACGGGAAAAUCGAACACGACCCCACCAUCGAUGAACCACUUCCGGCCGCUCGUAUCGGAGGAACAAAUGCAGCGGAUACGGGACGGGUGGACGCUGGACAGUGUGGGAGAUCUGACCGUGGGCGAUAUUUACAUCAUGUUCGGUGCGGAGAUGAAGGUGGAGCUCGAGUACGAUUGGGUGCGGGUCGAACCGGUCGUAACGCAAGAGGUGAAGGAGUGUCCACCAACACCUGUGCCGUCGGUGGUGGACGACGGUGGCGAACAAAUACCGGACGAAGCGAAACCGAAACUAAUUCCCGGCCCCGAACCGAUCGGGAAGCGAACAACUGCCGAUCGGAUGGAAGAGGAUCCGGGGGUCACCGUGAAGGAAGAGGUGAAGGAGCGGUGCCGAUGUCCGGUCGAUACAAUUAGCCGUCGGAUCCAGAGCCUGUUGUUUCUAGCGAAGCUAGAGAACAAGGAUAUGAAGAAGCGCAUGGCUAACGCUAAUGCGGCCGAACGAAAACCCAAGCGCUCAGAGAAUGAGUCCGGCAUGUCAUUUACGCAGGACGACUGUUCACAGUUCAAACAUCCAAUGCUGCCUGUGCGCAACCCUAUCAACCACCUUGUGCCGGACCUUCACGUUCCUUCCCGCUACAAGCAGUCACGCUGGUGGCGAACACGGGUCAAUCGUCAAAAUACAAUGCAUCCUUUACUUCCAAACAUGGUACGGCCACCACCGUCCGCUACCGUUACCUCAUCAUCUGCCUAUUCUGCACGCGUAACGCAACCGGCGCCUUCGGUUUCGGUUGCACCGAGCGUCGGUGAGAGCAGUCGACCGGCCGAGCCACUUAACCAGAAGGAACCCGUUAAAGUGACGCUUCAACCGAUCGCUGAAGAAUGCGCCAACAUGGCCAGUACACCAAGCAUCAUCUCGACACCGGUGAACGAUAGCUUCCCCAACAACAGCAAUGAUAAUUUCAAUCCAACGUUGGACGAUAUCUUCUCCAACAAUAACAACAACAACAGCAACAAUAAUAAUAUCAAUCCAACGUCUUCCAACGUGCCGUUUAGCAGCCAAUCGUUUGAGCUGGGCACACCCGUCAAGCACCAGAGUACGGAACUAUCGCUGAACGAUCUAAGCCUCAGCAUCUUUGAUCUAUCGCUGCCAUCCACCUCAUCCUCCAUGAUGGCGAACCUGUUCCCCGAUGUCGUACCGACCGGCAGCGGCGCAUCGUCCGCGGUGCUGCCCGACGAAAUUUCCGACGAUAAAAUGGGCGACGUGAACCUGAACGAUCUAUCGCUGUCCGGCAUAUUGAGCAGCUUAGAACCGUUCCCGUCCCCGAUGCGGCCACCAAUCGAUCCGGAUGUGGAUAUGUCAAUGUUAAGCGAAAGCACCGUCGACUAUAUCGCCCGCUUUCAGGACAUUGCGGAAGAGAUGCGUGCUCAACAGAAUCCCUAGUCUACGGGGCACGGCGAUGUUUGGAUGCAUCGUAUGGCCGGUUUUACACUUACCCUUAUGAAUCUCAACGUAAUGUACAGUCUAGAAUAUGUUACGGCAAGGUAGGUGAGUUCGAAUCAGAGCGCCGUGGUAAUGGUGUAAGCGUUGACAACGAUUAGAAGGAAGAUUCUAUCCAACACGCAGACUUAAGGCUCUCUAAGUGAGGUAUUUGCUGUUUGUUUAGUCACCGGUUAAUUAUUUCACCUCAUUAUUUCGUUUAAGUAGAGUUGAAAAAGAUGAUGUUAGUAGAGAUGUCGAAAGGUUAUCGAACGAAAUGUCACUUUUAUUGGUCUUUUAUCGGGUUUGGCUAAAAUCUGACUUGAUAGCAAAUAAGCAGCCAAAAAACCCACCGUUGUGAUACGGCGAUAAAAGUAUUUGUUUGUCAACCAUUUAA